AGAAGGACGCACGAGACUGCGGAAGAAGAAGCAGAAGAAGAAGAAGAAGAACGUGCUGCAGAGCUUUUGGAGACUCCGGCACCGCGUCUUUACGCACGGCGCGCUAUGGACUACUGUUGAGCUCCGAAGCGAAGAAGAAGAAGAAGCAGAAGCAGCUCACUGCAUUGUGUGCUUUUUGUUAAGAACUUGAGUAUUUUUUAAUAUUAAAGCGAGUUAUUUUUGUUGAUAAGAAGAAGAAGCAGUUUCUAGCGCCAUGAAGUUUCUGCUGUUACCGGUUUUUAUGGCUUUUCUCGCCGUCGCCCAGGUUUUCUGCGAAGAACCCGAGCCGAAAGAAGAGUCUGAUUACUGGACGAGCAGCAACCAGAUCCAGGACGGAUGGAUGUCCAGAGAUCCGUUCAGAGAGAUCCUGCUGAGGAUGACGAGGAAGCCGCGGCCGCAUCAGUUCAUCGGGCUGAUGGGGAAACGCUCCAUGGCAAAUGCACAGAUCACCCGCAAAAGGCAUAAAGUAAACUCUUUCGUUGGACUGAUGGGGAAGAGAAGCGAAGAGGAGCCGGAUUCCUAUGACUGGAACACAUUACAGACGUACGAUAAGCGCCGUUAACAUCAUCGAAAACUCCCCCAAAAAUCCAGACGCUGCUUUUGUUUUUUCUCCAAACUGUGUGUAGCUGUUAGCCGAAUAAAAAAAGAUUCCGUUUCCACAUCGUAGUGACGUAGCAGUGCUGUACCUGUGCCAGUUUCUUUAAAGGAGGAGGGGGAUUCUCGAUGUUAGCAUUACCUGCCAUCCUGUUGUUGUGGAGCGUCAAAGCUAAAGGCUGAGUGGCUGAAGACUGCACUGCCAAAGUCACUGUAAUAGUGCCUCAUCUGUUUUCACUGAUUGUUCUUUAACUCAGCACACUCUUUUUAAAGGGCCUCCACCUGAACACAUGGUGUGUGAUAUGACCUGUGUGUGACAAAUAUUAAAAUUAUUUUCUUUACUGGUUCAAA